CGGGGUGCUUACUAGAACACGCCGGGGGCAGCGGGUGCUGAGGAUGGCGGACGAGACCAGCAGGGCGCAGGCGGCGCGCCCCGGCGGCGACACCAUCUUCGGCAAGAUCAUCCGCAAGGAGAUCCCCGCCAACGUCAUCUUCGAGGACGAGCAGUGCAUUGCAUUUCAUGAUAUUUCACCUCAAGCUCCAGUACACUUCCUAGUAGUUCCUAAGAAGCCAAUUGUCCAGUUAUCUGAAGCACAAGAUUCAGAUGAAUCUCUUCUCGGGCAUUUAAUGAUUGUUGGCAAGAAGUGUGCUGCUGAUUUGGGCCUGACCAAGGGAUUCCGAAUGGUUGUGAAUGAAGGGCCAGAGGGUGGGCAGUCUGUCUAUCAUGUUCAUCUCCACGUUCUUGGUGGACGUCAGUUGGGCUGGCCUCCUGGCUAAGAAUUGGAUGGAAAGAAAAUCACCGCUCCAUGUAGACUUGCCACACAACCCAGGAACCCAGCCACUGUUAACAUGUUCUUUUUUUGUGGGUGGCAAUAAAAUCUAUGAAGAGUAUUCUCAUAAUAAAGACCUAGCAUCACCCCUGUA